GACGCGAGCACCCAAAGGCGGGUUGUUUUUAAGAGGGAGAGAACACGGGAGGAUAACCGAUACUGAAAAGGAUAUUAAAUCAGUUUACCGCUCCCCCCCCACACUUUUUGUUUGUUUUUCGGUCGGAACUUCCUGGGUGUCGUUGCAGUUGUUUUUCUUUUCGAGUGCGGCGGUCUGUGCUGCACGUCGGCCUGUCUUGAGACGCGUUUGAGGACCGUUCGGCGGGGAUGUAGCAGAGGGCGAAACGCCACAUAAAGCCGCUUUACUCGUUGCAGCAGGAGUGUGUUGACAUUACUCGAAGGUAAAAGACUUGUUUUUAAAGAAGAAAGGAAAAAAAGCUGCUGUUGGUUUACGGGAACAGGAACUCUUCUCUGCUAGUCCACAUACCUUUUUUCUUAACUUUUAUUUUAUAUUGAUGGUGGGUCGCUUCAUGAUGACCCCCGCCUGGAGGUCGUAGCUGAGCCGCUCUCUCUUAUUUCCCACCACAUCUCUGCACAUCUCACCAAUGAUGACUAUGAGCUCUAUAUCGGACACUUUGGUCCCGCCAGACCCCUCCAAAUCGGCGUUUUUGGAGUUCGGCGGCCACGGCUACCCAGGACACCAGCAGCCCUCCCCUGGCCUGUCCCACAACCACUACCCGGUCCACGGCCUGCACGCAGUCGGCCCCUCGCAGCACGACGGGCCCUUCUCCUCCGGCGCGGCGUCGUACGGUCGCCCCCUGGGCUACCCGGGCUAUCACAGCCCAGUGAGCGCGCACCAUCCCGGCGCCUACCUGCCCUAUCAGCACGGGGGUCACGGCGGCGCCCUCGGACACAGCAGGCUGGAUGAUCCGGACCACGAGAAGCCCACGACGGUGAUCGAGAACGGGGAGGUGCGGCUGAACGGGAAGGGGAAGAAGAUCCGGAAGCCCCGCACCAUUUACUCCAGCCUGCAGCUCCAGGCCCUGAACCAGCGCUUCCAGCAGACCCAGUACCUCGCCCUGCCCGAGAGGGCCGACCUGGCGGCCAAACUGGGCCUGACGCAGACCCAGGUGAAAAUAUGGUUCCAGAACAAACGGUCCAAAUACAAGAAAAUCAUGAAGAAUGGGCCAUGUGGACCCGAGGGAGACCACCUCGCCCCCCAGCCCGCGUCCUCCUCCUCCCCCUGCUCUCUGUGGGACAUCAGCAUGGCCGCCAAAGGCGCGCCAGUGCACUCUGGAGGAUACAUGAACAAUUUUGCUCACUGGUACCCAGGACACCAGCAGGACUCCAUGCCGAGGACUCAGAUGAUGUGACAGUCCGGAGGACGCAGCACUUCAGGACAACAUUAUGGAUUUAUGCCAGCCAGCUGACUGGAGCUGUUAGGGACACAGACAUUGUCGUGGAUGUGAGACGCACUGGAGGCAGAAAUAUCACAACGGGCAGAGAUCAAUUGCAGUCAACAGAUACUGUGGCUUUCCUUUAA